AUGAUGAAAACGACUACACUACCAACAUACGAAAACGUUUCAAGAACAACAUCGUUCGUCACAAAAGAAACAGAAUGUCAGUUAGCAUUCGAAUCAAGUAUUAUCUUUUCACAAAAAUCCUCCGUUUGGCUGUAUUUUUUUGAUGUUGUUGAUUUUAAUCAAGGCAGUUAUUUAGACCUCGUUGUCCCUACUGCUUUCAAUAACAACAUAACCAUACCGCCAAAUAAUGGAAAUGAAACGUUUGGAGCAAGCUUAAACAUUUGGAAUAUAACUGCACUUUAUGGAACGUACUUUGUCGUAGCGGAUGUUAAUAAUGAUUGUCGAUCAGAUCUAGUUAUUUCCAACUCAUAUACAAGUACUCUACAAGUCCUACUAGGCACAGGUAAUGGAUCGUUUAAGCAAUAUUCACUAGUUUCACUUGCGCCGUCUAAUCAAUCGAUGUCGAUGACUGCAGGUGAUUUCCAUGAUGAUGGUCGGUUGGACCUAAUCAGUGCAAACUAUAUGACCUCAUAUUUAGGUAUCGUCAGCGGUCUGUCGUCAAUCAUCGUCGUAGAUUUAAAUAAUGACCACUAUCUGGACUUUGUUGCUAUGGAUGCAAUUCAGAAUAAUCUAAAACUAUUUCUUGGCAAUGGCGAUGGUACAUUUCAAAAUCAAACAACCAUAUUGAUGGAAUAUAAUAGCUAUUUAGGAUCGCUUGUAGCUGCUGAUUUCAAUAAUGAUAAUUGCUUAGACAUUGCUAUGCUUGAUAUACUAAAUCAUAGAUUAAACGUCUUUCUAGGCUAUGGAAAUGCAAGCUUUAAGUCAAUGCUACCGUUUAUAACAGGGCACUAUAAUACUUCAAGAUCACUAGUUGCUGCAGAUUUUAACAGUGAUCGAUAUUUAGAUGUGGCUUUUGCCAAUGAUUUCACAGGCGACAUAGGAAUGAUGCUUGGUAACGGCAACGGAACUUUCAAAGCAUAA